UCCUUACGCUUGUCUCCAUCAUCGAACCACGUUCGGUCCGGGCCGGGCCAUGGUACUCGCAGACUUGGCGACGGGCAUCAUAGUCGCCAUCAAACCGAGCUGAGCCGUGUCUCGGAGGAUAGUCCAGUUCGAUCGGCGAUCGAUAGGCUCGUUCCCGAAAAGGUAGCGCCAUACUCGUCACUACCUGUUCGGAUGGAACGAUACACUAUCAAUGUAAGAAAGCGAAUGAAAACAAAUGGAUGCGCAGUAUCAAUAUUUUGUAGAAGGACAAACAGCAAUUGCGUCUUUCUUCACCACAAAUAAAAUUAUUUGCAAAAUGUCAGAGUCGAAGUCUUCUUUUCGUGUCGUCGUUAUUGGCGCUGGCGUCACGGGCCUUGUGGCUUCACAUUGUUUAUACAGAGCGGGUAUUGACCAUAUAGUUCUAGAGAAGAGAGAGAAUGUUGCACCUCCAGAAGGGGCUAGCAUUGCUAUGUACCCUCAUGGCACGCGCGUGCUGCAUCAAUUGGGCUGUCUAAAGGCUGUUGAGGAGGCCUGUGUACCCACUAAAAGGUGGUGGCAUCGCGGACCCGAUGGCAAAAAUCUCAUGGACAAUGGCUUUUUUCUUCAUCUCGAGGACAAUUUCAACUACAAUUAUAUCUUGCUCGAGAGACGGAAGUUCCUUGAGAUUCUUUAUGACACACUUCCAGAUAAGUCACGAAUCAGGACGGGCUGUCAAGUGGCAGAUGUUGAGCAUGUUGCCGACGGAGUAAAGGUAACGUUGAGCAAUGGUGAAGUAGAGGCUGGCGAUAUAGUCUUCGGCUGCGAUGGCACCUACAGCAAUGUCAGAAGUAUGAUGUGGGAGUACGCGAACAAAAUGACGCCAGGCCUAAUUACGACGAAGGAAAAAACGUCCUACCUAACAGAAUGGAAAGCCGUGGUGGGGGUCGCUCCCGCUAUGCCUGGGGGCCUCGGCGACCGCGAUAUGGUAUCGGUAUCAGACAAGGGACGAACAUUUAUAUCAUUUUCCCAGCCGGACUACAUUUAUUUCUUCUUCAUUUUCCAACUUGAUGAACCGUUUAGGUUCCCUAAGAGGGCUAACCCCAAUGAUCCAACAGCUGAAGAACUAGCGGAAACUGUCCUGGAUCACCCUGUCUCGGAAUCGAUGGUCUUCGGUGAACUCUGGAAAAAACGCCUCCGCGGGGAUCUCAUCUAUCUCGAAGACGGAAUUAUGGAACAUUGGCACGCCGGUCGGAUCGUCCUCGUCGGUGAUGCGGUCCAUAAGACAACACCUAACAUGGGUUUUGGUGGGAAUUGCGGCAUUGAGGACGUGGCAGUCUUGUGCAACAAUCUGAAUCGUCUACUUUUGAGUUGCAAGGGUAGAAAACCUAGCACUGUUGAGCUUGGUCAAGCCUUCGAGGCUUACAAGACCCAGCGAAUGCCCGCAGUGAAGAAAGUUGCCGAGCUCUGCAGACUGGUCACCAAGGUUCAAGUGUGGCAGUCCCCUUGGUAUAAGUUUGUGGACACAUGGGUUUUCCCACUACAGGCGGACAAGGCUAUAUCAAACCAAGUGUCUGAGAUUAUUCGCGCUGGCGCCAAGUUGGAUUAUGUGGAUGAUUCGGGCUGUUUUUCGGGUAGUAUGCCGUGGAUUGAUGAAAAAGAGACUGGCUCUGCACGCACUCUAGUUUCUUCCUCCAUCGUUCUAGGCGUGGCAGCAGUCUUCAUGCUUGCCUUCCAAGGUGUAAGAUUUAACACCAUUUUGCCUACUUCCAUAACAGGAUAGACUAUUGUCGGCAUGGAAUAUAAGUAGAUAUGGGGUUCUGCAAUGCGAUUUACUGAUAUGAGAGUACAAUAGAGCAGAUAGUAUAAGGCAAUUAAGUGUUGAUGAUGAAUCAAGAAAAGUUUUAAACCA